GCUUACUUUUAUCCAAUACUUCUCGUCAUUCUACGAAGUGCCGCCGAAGGAAAAGUCAUUAUUUUGAAAUCAAUAAUGAAUUUAUUAAAUGGAAACAUGUUAUUUUCAAACAUUGAUUCCAAUGCCAAUCGCGAUAUUCCACCCAAUCUGAUAGCCACAGACAGUACGGAGAUUACCGCGGUCAUGUUGCCACUUAUUACAUUAUCUCAGGCCGAGAUUGAUAUCGUGGUCAAGCAGGUACCUGGUGGAGUAGCCAAUAUUCAAGAUAUUUAUGGAUUGACACCAUUACAACAUGGCAUAUUGUUCCAUCAUAUGAUGGACAAACAAGGGGACUCGUACGUGUUGGUAAGGCGUGUGCAUUUUACUAAUCGAGAGGCACUUGAACGUUACACAGCCGCUCUACAGAAGCUGAUUGAGCGUCAUGAUAUUCUACGCACUUUAUUCAUCUGGAAAGGACUAAAUGAGCCAGUACAGGUUGUUUUGCGCCAAGUUCCUUCAAUACUCACCGAAUUUGCGAUAAAUGAUACCGAAAAGCCAGUAUUAAAGCAAUUCAGCUAUCAAUUGGACCUGACACAAGCACCACUAUUGCGUUUAUUGGUAGCACCAACAUCUGACGGAGGUUGGGUGGCAUUGAAACUAAUGCAUCACUUGAUUGGAGAUAAUGUCACCCUAGAGAGACUAUAUACAGAAAUGCAGACCAUAAUUGAUGGGCGGUAUGAUCAGUUGACAAUGCCUAUACCAUAUCGAAAUAUGGUGGCUCUAGCUCACCUUGGAGUUAGCCAAGACGAACAUACUCGCUUCUUUACUGGAAUGCUGGCCGAUAUUGAUGAGCCGACUUUUCCGUUUGGUUUGAGCGACGUUGGCCAAGAUGGGGCUGAGAUUAGUGGUGCACAGCUGAAGCUGCCACAGACACUCAAUAAUCAGUUACGAAUGGUUGCACGGAAGAUACAGGUGAGCCAGGCUAGUAUUUGCCAUUUGGCUUGGGCACAAGUUCUUGCUCGAGCUAGUGGACGUGAGGCAGUAGUCUUUGGUACCGUGCUCUCCAGCUGUUUACAAAUUCGAGAAGAGAACAAUAACAUCGUAGGGCCAAUGAUUAAUGCGCUUCCAAUCAGAAUAAAUAUCAAUGAUGCAGACGUCGAGACUGCAGUGCGCCAUACUCAUGCAAGGCUGAGUCAAUUGCUGGCUCAUCAACACGCAACACUUAUGUUAGCACAACGUUGCAGUGGAGUUCCAACUGGCUUGCCUUUAUUCACUACAUUGCUGAACUACGUCCAUAAUAAGAAGGCCGAGAAUUUAUCGCCAUCGCUUAAUGGAAUAAGUGUUAUAAAUGAAGUGGAAGUGCGAACCAAUUACCCAUUAGCCCUAUCGGUUGAAGAUGAUGGUGAUUCCCUCGAUUUGAUGGUUCAAAUAAUUUCACCAAUAUCACCAACACGAAUCUGUGCCUACAUGCAACAAGCUCUGGAAUCGCUUGCCGAUGCAUUAACUCACGAUUCACAACAACCAGUUCGAAGAUUGACUGUGAUUCCACCGGAAGAACGCGCAUUACUGCUACACGGCUUUAAUCCUACAGAUGUUGCGUAUUCACCUGCCCGCUGUCUUCAUCAGCUAUUUGAGAUGCAGGUGGAAUUCGAUGCACAAGCGGUUGCCGUGGAAUGUAAUGGAGAGUUUCUAAGCUAUUCAGAACUCAACGCUCAAGCUAAUCAGCUGGCGCAUUACCUUAUCGCCAAGGGCGUCAAUUCAGAUGAUCUUAUCGGACUUUGCGCUGAGCCCAGUAUAACAAUGAUCGUAGCAAUGCUGGGUAUUCUAAAAGCUGGUGGCGCCUAUGUACCACUCGAUCCAGCCUACCCGAGUCAACGGCUGACUAAUAUUCUACAGGAUGCAAACCCUAAAUUUCUUUUGGCGGACGCUACUGGUCAGAAAGCGUUGGGAGACCAUCAAGUACCAGUGGUUGACUUGUGCACAUCUUUGCCUGCCGAUUUAUCAAUCGACAAUCCGGACGCGGUCAAACUCGGAGUCACUCCAAGCCAUCUAGCCUAUGUCAUUUAUACUUCUGGCUCAACAGGAACACCAAAAGGAGUAAUGGUCGAACAUCAGCAUGUAGUUCAACAAAUGGUGGAUAAUCAGAACACAUUUGAUUUCAAUAAACAAGAUAAGAUGUGUGUGAUCUCUUCGAUGGGUUUCGACAGUUCUGUAUGGGAGAUAUGGAGUGCGUUUUUUAUUGGUUGUCAAUUGUCGAUCGUACCAUUUAAUAUCAUCCGUUCUGCCGACAAAUUGUAUGAAUGGAUCUGUGCCAGCGGUAUUACUGUAUUGAGUCAAACUCCAUCAGCAUUUAAAAUGCUUAUGCGAGCGGAAAACAUCAGUUCCCGAUCCCAUAAAUUGCGAUAUAUUAUCCUUGGUGGUGAGGCAUUUGAUCCAUUGAUUUUAAGGGAUUGGCAUGAAAAGAAUCCUGAAAGUCAAACCGUGUUAGUCAAUAUGUAUGGUCCAACCGAAACUAUUAUUGAUGCAACAAGUUGGAUUUGUGAUAUUGAAACUUCUGAAAAGUUAUUGGUAGUACCAAUUGGUCGUCCGCUGCCAAGCUAUCGAAUUUAUCUGCUGGAUGCAUAUGGCGACCCUGUACCACUAGGAGCCGAAGGGGAAAUGUAUGUGGGUGGUGUUUGUGUGGCACGCGGCUACCUUAACCGUUCUGAACUUACCGCAGAACGUUUUCUACCCGAUCCAUACAGUGACAAUCCAGCAGCACGCAUGUACCGUUCUGGUGAUCGCGCACGACAUCUGCCUGAUGGCAAUUUGAUCUAUAUGGGACGUAUUGACCAGCAAGUAAAAAUACGUGGAUUCCGAAUUGAGCUAGGCGAAAUCGAAGCCCGUCUGGUCGAGCAUCAUCAGGUACACGAAGCUGUUGUGAAUCUUGGUGAUGAAUCAGAUGCUCGUUUGGUCGCUUAUGUGGUGGCCGACGCAGAUUCAUUAUUAGCCCAAAACCUACGCAGUUAUCUGUCAAAAUUACUGCCUGAUUAUAUGGUACCAGCGGCUUAUGUGUGUUUACCAUCUUUACCACUCACACCCAAUGGUAAACUGGAUCGGCGAGCAUUGCCACCACCAAAUGAUGAAGCUUUUGCCACUCAGCCAUAUGAAGCUCCACAGAAUGCGAUUGAAGAAUUAUUGGCCGUUAUCUGGUGUAAGCUCCUAGGUAUUAAACGUAUCAGCCGAAAUGACAGUUUCUUUGAGCUGGGCGGAAACUCAUUCCUCGUUAUGCAGUUGAUCAACCAAGCAAAACUACAAAAUAUUCACAUUAAUGCUCGUGGAAUAUUUUCGUUUCCAGUACUUAAGGACUUAGCAUUGGAAAUAAUUGAUGUUUCAAAUCGGUUGUAUUGUGAAUUUGCUAUUCCAGUUCGUCAAAGUGGUAAUCAAACACCCAUAUUCAUGUUGCCAAGCGGCGAUGGAGAUAUAGCUUACGCUUUUGAGCUAGCGCAUCGGAUAGAUGAAAGAUUUCCUGUUUAUAUGUUACCGUGGCCUUCACCAGAUAAAAAACAGCCAUCAUCUAUGGAGGAAAUGGCUACAAGAAUGGUAGACCUGAUAAAGAACGUUCAGCCAAAUGGCCCUUGUGCAAUUAUCGGCUACUGUACUGGGGGUAUUCUGGGCUAUGAAAUAGCAAACCAACUUCUAACAAGUCGCUAUCCAGUUUCGUUCCUAGGUUUUAUCGAUACAUAUUCACUCGAUGCAAUUAAACCCAACGAAGAUGAAACAGAAGCUGAAUCCUUUUUAAAUUACUUGGCAUACAAAUGUUCAGAAUUUGAUGCGUUCAAUGAGUUGGAGUGGUGGAUCGCGACCAGCAAAAUGACUCUCAAUGAAGCAAUUGAAGAGGUCAAAAAGACGAAUAUAAAUUUAAAAAGAAUAGAUGUCGAAUGGGAAGCCUUAUUUUCGAAGCAAUGCGACCAUUACCAAGAUAUGUGUAUAGCCUACAAAAUCCACUCGUUGCCGCUGAAAGUACAUUUAUUUAAGGCAAUGGAAUACGGAUUAUUACAUACUAGAAAUGAAUUCUUAAACAUCAAUUUUCAGCAUAUUAUCGAAAGCAACAAGGCAUUUUAUGAUCUUCCAAAGCUUGGCUGGGAAAAUAGCCAUCUUACGACUGAAUUCCACGUUAUUCCGGUUAACGGUGAUCAUUUAACGCUGAUGUCGGAGCCAGCUAAUCGGAUUUCACUGGCAGACAAAAUAGCUCAGUUGCUCCUUGCUAAUGAGUGUGGGCCAGUGUCUGAGACAAAAUGAAAAUCUUCUGCGGAAUAGAGUAGGUGUAAGCGCAUGAAACAUGAAUAAACAAUAAUUUUGUUCAAAAACCAGA